UAUGCAUGUGGUUAGAGGAAACAAGGUUAACGGCAAAGGAUUUUAACAGGUCUAUAACAUAAUAAUAUGAUACUGCUGGUUUACUUUGAUAUCUGCUAUCUUUUAUUGUGAAGGAUAAACCACAUACAUGCUGGAAUGUACAGGGAUUAAUUUAAACUUUUGAUAACUUAAAGGAAAUAUCAAAACCAACUCUGUUUUAUUUUUGCUCAUUAACCAGUGUUAUAUGUUGGGUGUUUUAAACUCGGGUAUUUAUUGUGGUUAAUUUUGUUGUGAUUGUGUCCUGUGAUCAUAACGUAUUGGAUAUAUUUUUAUUACCAAGUCAUGAUUUUUGGCAUUUUUUAAACAUCUAAAAUCAGUCAGUGGAAUGAGAUUUCGGAAGAAAAAGAAGACAGAUAAAAAGAAAAAUGGUGACUUGAAGUCUCAUUCAAUGGGAAACAACAACAGCUCGGUGGUUGCCACACCACCCCCAGAGCGAAAAUCUAAGUUUGCUGCAAUAGGAAAAAUAUUUAAACCUUGGAAAUGGAAGCGGAAAAAGAAGAGUGAGAAAAUUGAGAAAACAGUUGUAGAAUUGGAGCGAAAGAUAUCAGUACGCUCAACACGAGAAGAACUUAUAAAGAAAGGUGUUAUAAAGGAACGGAAGGAAGAUACGAUUGAGGAGGGCAAUGAGAAUCAGAAUACAGCAACUGAAACUAGUCAAGAAAAGUCAACCACAGCAGUGGCGGUCACAGAAACCCAAGAAGAGAGAAUAGAGUCGGUGUCAAAAGUAACUGAGGAUUCCAGUGAUGGGAAAAAUUUAACAGAAAAUGGAACUGUGAGAACUGUCGAGCAAGAGAACGAUGCUUCCAAUAUCAUUACAACUACUGCCGAGAUUUCACCUCUACAGAGCAAUACUGCAGAUAUUGGGACAUCAAUAACAUCCCAGCAAGACCAAUCCAAAGUUUCUACAGCUCCAACCACCUCAGCAUCUCAGGCACGACCUGUGAUAAUAUCAUCAGUUCCUCCAAGAAUCAUUCCAGACAGUCAGGUGUCAGCACAGAGCACUUCUGUCACUAAAAGUGAAGGAGGGGUCACAGCUGCAGAUUCAACACUUCGGCCUUCCGCUGAGGAGACGCAACCAUCAGAUAGCACCCCUAGGCCUGUGAUGACAACAUUUUCCAAUAACGUAUCAACAAUAAUGGAUACGACACCUAGAUAUAGACCGCACUUUGAUGAUAGUGACGAGUCGGAAGAGGAGGAGAGUGAGGAGGAGGAACCUGAACCGGAACGUUUUCCCGUUACAAAAACUCCUCGUGUUUAUGAAGCGGAGAUCUCGGAACCAAACUUAAAUAAACAGCCAAAAAAAAGUGCUUUAAAAAAGACUCCAGUUACUGUAAAUUCUAGAACUCUACAGACUAGUAAUGCAUCUGGAGAUAGUGUGCAAACAAACUUUAGUACCCCUGGGUCAAGGGAUACCCCACCCCCAGAGUCGGCACAUAAUGCUAUGCCCUCACCCAAAGCAACACCUGUGAAUCAAGGUCCACCGAGACCUAAACCAAGGAUCACACUUCUCAGGGGUGUGGCAGCAAGUGAUCCUGAUAGUUUGCCGGCACCUCCGGCAUAUCAUUCCCCGGCAGUACCGGAGCAUCCCCCACCCCCAUACAAGCCGCCAGUUUCAUCACCUGGAGAGGAAUCAUCAGAUGAUGAUGAAGAAAUACAAUACAGGGACGAUGAUGAACCACCAAGUUCUCUGGCUGCCAAAGUUGCACGGCAGGAUAGUUUAGCAAGGUUUUUAAGUAAUCGGCCAUCACGGCAAGAAUUGGUAGCCAAAAAUAUAAUUCCAAAUAAAUCUGAAGAUGAGAUUCAUCAAGACAGACAAGCCAUAGGAUCAAAACUGAUACGGCGAUUAAGUCUGAGACCUUCACAGGAAGAGCUGGAACAGAAGAACAUUCUACACAUGAGCACUGAAGAUGCUGCUAAGAGGGAAAAAGAAGAGAAAAAGAAACUGUUGAUCAGAAAACUAAGUUUUAGACCAACCAUAGAGGAACUGCGGGAGAAAAAGAUCAUUAAGUUCAAUGAAUACAUAGAAUGCACAGAUGCACAUGAAUAUGACAGGCGAGCAGACAAACCUUGGACCAGACUUACACCUAGGGAUAAGGCUGCCAUAAGGAAAGAACUGAAUGAUUUCAAGGCAUCGGAGAUGGCUGUACAUGAUGAAAGUAGACAUUUAACAAGAUUCCAUCGUCCCUGACACCAUUGUGCUACAAUGUUUAGGGGAGUGCCUAUACUGGAGCAGGUCUGUUGCAUGUAGACAUGCCAAUCAAGCCUGCUAUAAAAUAUAUAUCUAUUAUAUACCGGUAUAUAUAAUAUGAAACUGGCAUUAACUGAUGCCUGAUGUGACACGAUGGUGCUUCAUAGAACCAUCAGUGGUGCCUGUUAUAUCUAGCCAGUACAAACUGGACUUGGCCUCUAUAUUCUAGACUGUGAUCAAUUUGUUACUACCAUCAAAACAGGCAUUCAGACUGCAUUCAGUAACCCAGUCUACAGCAUUGUCAUAAUACACAAACUUAUUUCACUGAUAGCCACUGUGUAAAAUAUCUGUAUUUUAUGUGUUUUUAGUUCUGUUCAAAGGAUUAUAUCUGCAUUUAGAUUACACACUGCAUAAUUAUUUGAAGUUAAUGGGAUAUAGUCUGGUAAUAGAAGCAUUACUUUACUUAAGUACCAGAGGGAAAAUAAAUCAUUAAUAACUUCUCCUUUUCUCACAGACUUUGUUAGUUUAUGAAGAUAUUAGAGGGGGGAAAACAGGUAGAAAUAUGAACUAAAAAUUCUCAUAGAAAUCUAGUAUUCAGUUUUAUGUAUCACUGAUUACUUUUUUGAAAACAGUGGAAUUCCUGGUUACAAAGUUAAUUAUUAUGUUGACAUUCUUUGAAAGAUAGUGUCAGAUAGAGAUGUUUUACAUGUUUUUGUCAGAAAACAAUCAUUUUCAUGUAUACAAACAUCAUGUUGAUUCAUGAAAAAUAUUGUACAUGUUUUUUUUAGCAUAAAAUGUGUGUCUGUAGAACAAUUGUAUAGCUAUAAAAUUUAAUUUUGACUGUAGGGAAUUUUAUUUCCAGUGCUUAGUGUAAUAGUUUGUUGCACAAUUUGAUUUAAUUUGAUUUUUAAAUUAUUCUUAUAAAUAAAUUAUCUCUCGUGUAAAGCUCAACGGAUUGCAUGUUAGCAACUGACCAGUGUGGCCGUGUUUCUUUGGUUAUUGGUGGCAGAUUUUACAGUUGCUUCAAAAUUUAUAGUGAAUUUGUUACAUAUUUGACAGCAUUGUCUUCAGUCUCAGAUAAAACAGGAUAUAUGUCUCUACCCUGUAUCUGCUGAAGACAGUGUUUUACAACACCAAAAUAUUUAAUAAAAAUGAAUUAUGAAACUAUGGUAAAAUGUCAGUCCUAAAAUUGUUUUAAGUUAGUAAUAUUUUAAUUUGUUAUACGAACCUGUUAAAAGAAAACUGUCAUGAGUUAAAUGAGAUAAUUUAUGAUUAUUUUCUUGAUGCAUACCGGGUCACUUACAAAAAGUUACCAGCUGAUAAUGUAAUUUCUAUUUUUAGCAUUGAGUGUAGGGUGACACAAACACUGCUUCCUGCUUUCAUUUGCUACAUUUUUAGCUCACUUGAGCCAAAGGCUCAUGGUGAGCUUUUGUGACCGCUCUAUGUCCGUUGUGCGGUGUGCGUCAUACGUCCGUCAACAAUUUCUAAAAAAAUCUUCUUGAAAACCACUGUCAGAGCAGAAUUACACCAAACUUCACAGGAAUGAUCCUUCGGUGGCCCCCUUUCAAAAUUGUUCAAAGAAUUGAAUUCUAUGCAGAACUCUGGUUGCCAUGGCAACUGAAAGGAAAAACUUAAAAAAUCUUCUUGUCCAAAACCGCAAGGUGUAGAGUCUUGAUAUUUGGCAUGUGACAUCAUCUAAUGGUCCUCUAUGAAGAUUGUUCAAAGUGUGUCCCUGGGGUGAAAAGAGGCCCCGCCCCGGGGGUCACAAGUUUUACAUUGACUUAUAUAGAAAAAAAAAAUUAAAAAUUCUUCUUGUCUAAAACCACAAGACCUAGGCCUUUGAUAUUUUGUUUGUAGCAUUGCCUUGUGGUCCUCUACCAAAAUUAUUCAAAUUAUAACACUGGUGUGAAAAGAGGCCCAGCCCCGGGGGGGGUCUCAAGUUUUCAUAGACUUAUAUAGGAAAAACCUUUAAAAAUCUUCUUGCCUUAAACUGCAAGGCCUAGGCUUUUGGUAUUUGGUAUGUUGCAUUGCCUUGUGGUCCUCUACCACAAUUGUUCAAAUUAUGCCCCUUGGAUGAAAAGAGGCCAAGCCCUGGGGGUCCCAAAAUUUAACAUUGACUUGUAUAGGGAGGAAGAAAGUCUUCUUGUCUGAAAGUUCAAGGCCUAGGCCUUUGAAAUUUUAUAUGUAGCAUUACCUAGUGGAUUUCUAACAAGAUUGUUGAAAUUAUGCCCCUGGGGUGAAAAGAGGCCACACCCUUGGGGUCACUUGUUAUAUGAGUUAUAUAGGAAUAAAUACUUUAAAAAUAAUCUGAUCAUGUUUCCUAGACUGUUUUAUUAUAGUUACCUGAUGACCACAAGCAUCAAUGUGCUAUUUUAAACAUAUGGUACUCAGGUGAGCGAUUCAGGGUCAUCAUGACCCUCUUGUUUCUUAUAUGUGAUUCCAACUGGACCAAAACAUGUGUACAGUUUGUAGGUAUUUUUUGUAUAUAUUGAAAAACAGGUGUAAAAAUUUUCACUAGAUAUUUGGAAUUGGCUUUGUUAUUAUUUCAAAAUUAUUUGAAAUUUCCUUUCCACAUAUAGUGCCAAGUUUGUAUAUUUCUUAUAAACUUGUCUUGUUAUAUUACGGAAUCUGUAAACAAAAUGUUGGUGAUAGCCUGACAUUUGUAAAGAGUCAUUUUAAUAGUGAUAAAAAUAAACAUUGUAAAGAUUUUGGUCUUGGAUGAGGGUAUUUGACUUGGAUUAGAAUGACCCACUAUCUGUUCAGUCAUUAAAACACUAAAUAAGUGCUAAUAAUAAUUCUUGCCAAGUCGUGUCCUUUCUUGUAGAUAUGUUGCAAAAAUUUCAUUAUUUUCAGUAUUCUUCAUGUAAACUUUUCGUCUGCGAGGUUUGAAAAAACUUUCAAAUUGUGUCCAUAUUGGUGAUGUACACUUGGUCUUAAAAAGCUCUGUAAGCAAACAGUGAUGGUAUUUACCAUUUCUCUAUAAACACAUCUGUUUUACUUAUGUUUAAAUUAGGUCGCAUUUUAUUUUUGAAAUGAAGACAUGCUCACUUAGGUCAGUAGAGAGAAACAGAUCUACAGAUGUAUGUUCAUGAGUUUGUUCCCCUAGCGAGACAUAUUUUUUCAGCGAUAAAUUGAUAGAAGACACCUUGUCAGAAAUCAUCAUCUCCUGCUUCAGAUGCAUUUGGAGAAGUUAGCAGUUCCUUGUGGAAAACAUGUUAGUACUGGUACAGAAUCCUGGAGUAAUUUGUAGGUUAAUUGCACAAAGUUUCAAAACUGAAAUACCAUUGAAGAAUGGUGCUAAACUCAAUGCUAUGUACAGGUACCUUAUGUUUGAGCAAUAUUUUUUUUGAUUGUAUUUUACUGGAAAUUAGUCACUUUGUGUGUUUGAUGUUGUUGUUGUUUUUUUUUUUCCUUAAAAAUGGCCAUAAUUGACAGGAAGGAAAGAGGCAAAGAUAAGAAACCAACCAAACAUUUGGUCAUGAAAGACUUUCCUUAUCUCACUACCCAUGUUUUACUUAAACAAUAUUCACAUGAUUGUUUGUAGGGAGGAUUGAAUUUUAAUGUAGAUUGAACUGGAGAUAUACAAGUGUGCAUUUUGUGUUGUUUGUGUCAGUAUGUACCCGAGAAUCUAUAAAUACAUGCUUUACAGAUUUCAACACAGUUCUCUUCAUACCUUUUGUACAAUAAAUGUUUUACCAACUUUAAUUCAAAAUUACAGAGUUAGUGUUUUCUUUGUAAAAAGGAUACCAUAUGAUUGAAAGACAAACGCAUUGUUUUUCCAUAUUUUAGUAAGGAUAAGUAGCUGGGAUCAGCAGACUAUCUCUGUCAUGGUCAGUUUUGAUUAAUUGAAGUCACUCUAAACAAGAUCAAGAGUUCAAAGUUAAAGGAAAAUUUUUUUAAUUAGUGUUUUGUUAUUGUUAAGAGUGUUUUUUUUUUUGUUUUUUUUUCAAUACUCAAAGGAAAAACUAUUUUCAAGACAAACAUUACCUCCUUUGUCAUUUUCAACUUGAAAGUUUCUAAUGUAUGAUAAAAUUGAAUACUGGAAAAUUAAGUUCAGAAUGGUUUGAUUUGGUCUGCUGAAAUGGUACAAACAGUUGUGUACAGUCUUCCCAGUUCAAAAAUUUAAAUUUAGUUUGAUGGUUGCGGUGGAAUAGAGUAUUGUGUUGUGUGUGCUAGUUGUCAGUCUGUGAUCUCAGCAUAAUAACAUAUACAUCUCCUUACACUAGUAACACAUGUAACACUGUAACACAAGUAACACAAAUUUUAGUAACACAAGUUACAGAUUUUCAUUAUUUUACUUUAUGAAAAUUAUUUGUGUGCUGAAAACAGACCAGAAGGGAAUAAUUAUGUAUUGCAUAUGAAUUAAAGUGGGAAAUUUUCAAGAAGUUCAUAUUGAUUUAUUCUUUUCCAGUGAAAGUUUAAUCAUUUCAGUGCUUGAACCAAAAGUUCAAAACAUAGUUCCCUUGUGGGUUGUUUCUAAAGUGAUUGUUGAUCUGGAAAAAGAAACACUGAGAAUCAUUAACAGUGAUUAUGCAUUCUGUUUGACAAACAAAAAAUACAUUUUUAAAGUAUCUUUUAUGAAUAUUUUAUUGAAAUGUUUAUAUAUCUAUUUGACUGCUGUCAAACUGUUCAAUUUUUCUGCCAUAGAAGACACUUCACUACAAGUUUCUCUGGCUGCUUUUUCUUGAACUGCUUCACUUCGACUGCUGUGCUUCCUCUCCAGUCAACAAACACACAUAUAUAUAUACAUUUGUCUUUCUUCUCAAUAUAUAAAAUAAUAUAUAUGCCAGAACUUAUUGUAAUAUAUGGGAAAUUGUUCACAAUGUUUUCGUCUACUUGUCAGUACAACAUAUUCAUUCCAUUCUGAUAAUGGUGUUUUCAUAUGUAUCAUUUAACUAAAUUCAUAAUAUAUAUAUAUAUUGAAUGUUUAUUACUUCUGUCAGAGCAGAUAUACAAUUGUGGAGUCCUGUUUUGUUUUGUUCAGAUAAGGUCUCAUCCAUUCAUGUCAGUCUGUAGUUUGAAACACAAUUCAUUUAGGUAAAAUAAGAUGUACAUGUUGAAAAAAAAAUGAGUUAGGGGACAUUAGCAAACUGUUAGUGGAAUCCUAUCUAAUGAGAACAUCUUUUUCUUUUCAAAGGUUUUGAAUUAAAUACUGAAGAUUUGACUUUUUUUCUGAAACAGAUGUUCAAAUUAUGUUAGAAUACUGGUACUUAAUCUGUUAUAAGUAUGUGAUUUUUAUAUCUGGCGGAACAGAGAUUGUUAGUUUCACUGGCCAUUUGUUUCUGCUUUCUUGUAUGCAUAUUUUUAAAGAAAAUUCAAAUUUAUUCAAAAACAAAAACAAUAUUUAGUACCUUGUGUUUGUGAGGAAGUUUCACUUCACUUGAAGGGAAGUUCUCAUAUAUUCAUGUAAUAUGAAAUGACUGAAAUAAAAUGGUGCUGGCUCUUAUUUUACUGAAUUCAGCAGAAGUAUUGAAUUAUGAGGUUAAGUCAUUAUUGUUCAUUUGCAUACAAACUGAAAUCAAGUUCAAAAUCAUUAAAAUAUUGGUCAGUGAAUCUUAUAAUCAAUUGCAAGCCACAUUUGUUAAAUAUAUUUUUUAAUUUUGUACAGAAAAAAAAAUGUGUAAAGAGCUUUUUUGUAAAUUGUUGAUGUUGGUAAUAUAUAUUGUGUUUGUACAAGAGAAUGCCCUGAAGUUGUCGAGAUUUCAGAUGCCAGAAUGUCUUAAUGUUCAAAAAAUAAGGCUUUGCUACAUAAUCAGAUGGAUAUUUAGGUCUACAUAAAUUUUCAAACAAUUAAUGUUCAAACACUCAUUAUCUGCAACAUAACUAUUCAAGUAAUUAUUUCUGUUAAUAUAAAAGUUCUGAAAACUUCUGAACAUUCAGUUUUUUCAGGCUACAUAAAUGUUCUGUUAUUUCUUGCUACAUGAAGCAUUAACUGUUAUUUCCAACCAGAUAAACUGUUCUUUUUUCAGCCUCAUGAACAUUCUGGUAUUUCCAGCUGCAUAAAUGAUCUGUUAUUUCUUGCUACUUGAAGUAUUAACUGUUAUUUCUGACCACAGGAAUAUUCAACCUGUUAUUUACAGCCAUAUGGACAUUAUGGUAUUUCCAGCUACAUAAAGUAUUAAUUGUUAUUCCAACCACAUGAACCAUCAAGGUGUAAUUUCAGGCUAUAUAAAUGUUCAGAAUGCAUGACAACAUAUUUAUUUCCUAACAAUGAUGCUGUAACGAAACAGAAUAAAUUCACAUAGACUUCACAUGCCAGUUGUAUAAAAAUAAUUCAGGCACAUGUAUUUAGAUUAAUGUACUUCCAAAAUGUUUUUUAUACUUACAAAAUGUUAUAAGUGACUCUUCAGUGAAAAAUAUUCCUGUGACAUUUUUUCACCUAUGGUAGUUGAAUUUGAUGUGGAAUUGUCAUUCAAAUAGUCUGUAUUAUAAUGGUGCAUAAAAGUUUCAAUUUUUGACUGAUGAUUUUUCAGAUAUUUUUCUACCUUUCUUACUGAUUGUACAGUUUUAGGUAAUGGUUAAGGCUGUAAGUUAAUAAAAUUGAUGCAAUAAUGCUUAAUGAUGUAGUGUACAGGUUAACCACCUGAUUAUGUGUGAACGUCAUGUCAAAUUGUACCUUAUCUUUUUAGAGACUUGCAUUUAUAUAGGUAUUAAGCCCAUUAUAAUGUAUUUUUGAUAGUUUAAUUUUACCAUGUAUUUCAUUAUGUACAGUUGAAUUGGAAGUUAAAUCAAGAUAUUACAGACAAAAGUCACCAUUAUUUUUGUAGAAGUUAUAGUUAAUACGAUCGUAGAUUAUUUAUAUAACAUCAUUUUAUUGGUAGGUAUAAUUUGACAUGGCAUGCAUUUACUCACCUGCUUGUAUAAGAUUUUGUUAAUGGAGUUUCAACAUGUUCAGUCUAGUUACUAACUUAUUUCAGAAAUUACAUCACAGUUAUUGCUCUGAGCCUCAUAUAGCUUUGUGUUUACACCCGUUAUCAUUUUGUAGCCUAUCAAUAAAGAUAAAAAUUGAGUUUGCGAUCAUAUUGUUCCAUUUUUUUUUUCAAGAACUGAAAUAAUUUUUUGGAAGAUUUCAUUUUCCCAGUGUCUUACCAAACAAUGUACUGUAAAAUGAGAUGAAUUUGUGCCAUGUCAGUUCCACAAAUGUUGACUUUUACAUUAAAUAUUUAAACACUUAAACGGGGUAUGAAAUGUUCUUACAAAAUAGAAUCACAGCAGUGAAUUCUCAUGUAUACCUAAAUAUCUUUUCAUUCACGCUGUUAAUGAAUUCAUUCUGUUUCAUAGUAUACUGUUAUUAAAUGGCUUGCCAGACUAGUCAAAACUAUUGCCUGUAGUCCAAAGGGCCAAGGGCCAGUACUUUUGACCAUUGACUAGUAAGCCAUUCAAUACCGGUAAGUGUUUUAUUACAAUGACAUUGGAAAUUAAUUUUCACUGUUUUAUUUUUAAACUUUCGACAUAUUAGCCAAGAAAACGUGUUGAAUAUAGACAGGUUAUAUAACACAAGCUAUGGACCAGCAUUUUAUAUUAGGAGUCUUGUAAUAACUUACAAUAAACACUGGAGGACCUCUAAAUGACUCACUGUGCAAUACCUACAACCAUACUUACUUUCAGAUUUUGUAAUAUUGAAAGUAGUAUUUGAAACUUUUUUUGAAUACUUUGGGGAAAAAAAGUUUUAAAGACUAGUAUGCAUUAUUAAUCAACUGAUCUGCAAAAGACAAAAAUCAGAAUAUACCUGAGGCAUUUUUUGAGUCCUUGUGUAUGUGUUGUAAGGUUUAAAUGAAAUAAUUUAAAGUCAAAUAAAGUAGAUGAUUCUUAUGUGUAGGAGUAUGGCAUCAAGAAAUGAACUAGUUUUGUGAUUAAGGUGCAAUUCAUUCUUGUUGAACAUGUAAGUAAGAAUAAAAAUUCCUUUUCAAAUAUUUUAUUUGUAAAGUAUUCUCUAUAUUGUGAAAGUACAUUGUUUAUGCACAACGUUUUCAUUUUGCAAAACUUACUUUUAUAAACUUGUAUGGAUUUGUAUUUAUUGUAUGCAGCUAUACACUAUCAUCUGAAUAAGAAUAAAAUAAAUACAAAUACAUGAA